AACACAUUUGACAUGCAGAGAAUCACUCUCGCCAACUGUCAAAAGCCUCCCGCCGGCAGCGUUUGCGAGAAGAAAAACAACUCUUCGCGCAAGACGCCAAGUUUGUACAAGAUUUCCCAGCUCCUGUAAAUUAAGAAAGUGGAGCCACUUCGUUUGUGUAGACGGAUUCAGCAAGGGCAAACAACAAACAACAACCCAUCACGAUGGCGACUGCGAUGCCCAUAAACCCGAAACCUUUCCUCAAUGGACUCACCGGCAAGCCCGUAAUCAUAAAGUUAAAGUGGGGCCACGAGUAUAAAGGAUUCCUCGUGUCGGUCGAUGGGUACAUGAACAUGCAACUAGCAAACACGGAAGAAUUUGUGGACGGACAGAACACGGGACACCUCGGCGAGGUGCUGAUCCGGUGUAACAACGUGCUGUACAUACGGGGCAUAGACGACGAAGACGAGGAAGGGGAAAUGCGAGACUAACGUGUGUAGUGUUUAGAAUAAACGGCUUCAUUUGUAUUUCGAUGUACAACAAAAAAAAAAAAAAAACAAA